UUUAUUGAUUUAACUAUUGUCAAAAUGUUUGUCACCGUAUUAGGCUAUCUAGCCUGUAUUGUGUUUCAAAAUGAUCAUAUCGUGCCCGAUGUCAUUAACGCGUGCCCAUCAACAACAAGCAAGAUAACAUUCCCAGGCAAAGUAGCAGUCAAUCUGGGUACUCACCUUACCCCUGAUCAGACCAGUCAACAGCCCCAAGUAGAGUGGCCAACUAAAUGCGGCGGGUUAUAUACGUUAGCAAUGGUAGACCCGGAUGCGCCCAGUCGUGCUGAGCCCACUUUACGCAAUUGGCGACACUGGCUAGUGAUGAACAUACCGGGCAAUAAAAUUAAUAAAGGUGAUAUUAUUUCCGCAUUUGAAGGCCCAGAACCCCCGGCGGGUUCGGGUUACCAUCGUUACGUGUUUUUGGUUUAUGAACAAAAACAGGGUUAUAUUAAACCGCCAUCUCGUGAUGAUGAUGAUGAUGAUCAUAGGGGCAGUUUUAGCAUUAAGGAUUUUGCCACCAAAUACAACUUGGGCGAACCCGUGGCCAUUACAUUUUCAAACAAUAUCUCUGUAAAUUUGGGCAACAAGUUGACCCCAACACAAGUGAAAUCACAGCCGCGAGUAGAGUGGCCAGUAGUGCCCGGAUCACUAUACACGCUAACUAUGUUGGAUCUUGAUGUUCCCAGCAGGGCUAAUCCAGCGCAUCGCAGCGUUAAGCACUGGAUGGUAAUAAAUAUACCUGAUGCAAAUAUAACGGAUGGCUAUAUAUUGGACACAUUUCUCGAGUCACUGCCGCCCCGGGGGUCAGGCCUUCACCGAUACGUUACACUUAUAUACCGACAGUCGCAUCGUAUUGAGGGUCUGGUGCGAAACGAUACCAUCGAGAGUAGGCUAAUGUUCAAUAUGACCAAGUUUGCUCUGGAUAAUCAGCUUGGUGAACCUGUAGCUGGUAAUUUUUAUCACGCUCAAUGGGAUGAGUACGUAGACGUGGUUGAGACCGAUAUGAUGUUUAGAGGUGCCGGUAUUGUGCCCGAUGUGAUCGAUGCCAGUCCUAGGGAGCGGGUAAAAGUCACAUUCCCAAAUAACAUAACGGUAAAUCUUGGCACUCAUCUUACACCAGCUCAAACCAGCCAACAGCCAGCAGUAGAGUGGCCAACAGUCCAGUGCGCGCUCUACACUCUGGCACUUGUAGACCUGGAUGCGCCCAGUCGUGCUGACCCCAUAUAUCGUAACGUUAGACACUGGCUAGUGAUGAACAUACCGGGCAAACAGAUUAGUUACGGUAAUAUUAUAGCCGGGUUUGUGGGACCGGCACCACCUGUUGGCACAGGUGUUCACCGUUACGUGUUUCUAGUUUACGAGCAAAAACAGGGUUAUAUUGAACCGCCCCCUCGUGAUGAUGUUAAUCGGCAUAAUUUUAGCAUGGAGGAUUUUGCUACUAAUUAUACCCUGGGCGAACCGCAAGAUAAAAUUGUGCCCGAUGUACUCGAUGCGUGUCCGCGCUAUACCCUUAAAAUAACAUUCCCAAGUAAAGCCAGUGCUAAACUAGGCAACGAGCUAACCUUAGCGCAAGUUAAGGACGAGCCCCGGGUAGUGUGGCCAACAACAUGUGGUUCACUGUACACGUUAGCCAUGAUGGACGCCGACAUACCCGUAACCCUGCGCAGCGCUAAGCACUGGCUGGUUGUGAACAUACCUGGCAAUAAUAUUACCGACGGUGAUAUAUUGGCCGGAUUUAUACCGUCGGGUCCACCUGAGGGGUCAGGUAUUCACCGGUACGUUACGGUUGUGUACCGACAGCCCCAUCGGAUUGAUGGCCUGAUACGUAAUGAUACCAUAGAGAGCAGGGUCAGUUUUGAUGUGACAAAGUUUGCCCGCAAUUACAAACUUGGCAAGCCAUUGGCCGGUAACUUUUAUCACGCUCAAUGGGAAAAAUCUUCAGCUUAG